AUGGUCCGGCCAUUUGCUUCACUUGGACUUUGCGAUGAGCCACAACAAGACACUGCUGGCAGGAUGCUACUGAGUCGAUGGCCCUCAUUGUUUGCAACCGCCCUACUCAUGGCUCGCACUGGUCCAGCUUCAACGGGCCGUGGCAAUGCUUCGCCAGCUUUUCCAGGUUCAGGUGUAAAAGCGUGUCAAGGACUGGUGCUCAACUACACUUCGAUCGUUCGCGGACAAAAGUUGUUUUCUGUGAAGUAUGUUCCGCAGCCGGAUGAGCCUGUGAACGAAGACUAUUGCAAUGCCUGGUGCCGGGACAAAGUAGUAGACACAUGGUUCGAAGGAGGCUCGUGGCGGCUAUUGAAGGUGCCUCCACACAAAGUCAAGCCAGAAGCAUGCUUGGCUGGUGACUGGAUGUGCAUCGACUCGCCUGCCAGUCAAGCAUAUUUUGCCGUGGACAGAAUCGGGAGUUUCGUCAUUGAUAUCACAUGUUAUUGUACUGUCGGACUCGUCCUGGAGAGAGUGCACAAAGAGAAUCAAUUUCACAAGGUGAAAAGCGAAGAUCCUUCAGGCGGCUGGCGAGACUUGUGGAUCAACGUCUCAUGUCAACCUGAGGAACUUGGACAGCGAAUAGCCGUGAACGGGUGGCAAUUGAAAGAUGCUCGCAGCACCGGAGACGCUGACUGCUAUCACGAGUAUGGUAUAGACGAUUGCUGGUGCGACGAUACAGGGCUUGACACGUGUGAGAGAUUCGACACGGAUCUGUACUUUAUUGGCAACAAGUACCAGGGAGACGAGAUCCGGACUCGAGACAGGCCGAGCAUCAAGGCGCCAUCCAUAAUCACACCCCGCGAUGAGAUACGACCAAUUCAGGAUCUCGACUUCGUCACAGGCUGGGACGACUUGUGGACAAGACCAACGAUACCCCACGAGCUCGAGACUGAACAAGAGGAGUGGGACGCUCUGAGAAUUUGGCAAAAGCACCCCGACGAGAUCGAGGAUGCCGUGGCAGCUGCUGCUGUAGAGCAAAAUGAUGGAGAUGGACAAUGA